CAACUGGAAUCUGGGCUCUCCUGCCUCUCCACCCCCCCUUUUUUUUUUUGAGAAAGGAAGGUCCUCCCCCACCCCCUUUCCAGCACCACUUCCUUGGGCUUCUUCACCUCUAGGAAAUCUCGGGGCUUGGCUCUAUGGAGAAGCGCUCCUCCUCGGGUCAGGCUGCCUCUCCGAACCCGGCAUCCAGCGGUGCUGGCGUCCAAAUGCAUUUCCUUCUGCUCUGCAAAGAGUCGUAGUGAACUUCCCAACCCUGGAGACUGAUCCAUCCAUCCUGCCUUGCAGGAAAGGGAACCCCUCAGACCCUCGACACCCGCCACCCCUCUCCGGACACUGCCAUCGCGGAGGCGCUCAGAGCCGGAAGGGGACGCUUUGGGAAUGACCAUGCUCCACGGAGGGACGGAGCCGGCCCCCAGCCUCUCCACACAGAGACUCCUCUGCUAAAGCUCCAAAAAUAAAACAAAAAACAAAAAACCGUAAUUGCCAGAAGACUCCUUAAAUGUAUAUAUUCGGGCCACUAACCUCACAUGCACAUGGAAUAAUGACUCUGGAUUCUGCAUUGUGAGCUGCUUUCCACACCCUGAGAUUCCCUUUUGCAUUAAUUUUUUUCUUUGAAUUUGCCAUCUCUUCAAGACACAAGAUUCAAACCAAAUUUACGCUACAUUGGAUUUUAAAUCUCUUCCGUUCCUUUAUUCUCCGUCUUUCUUAUGUGGAUAUGCAAGCCAGAAGAGGACCCUGGAUAUUCCCAACAUGCUCUCUCCCUUAAUCUGUCCGCCUAGAGGUUUGGCUUCCACAAACCAAGAGAGUGGACAAGCUGAAGAUGAAGCCCAGCGCGGAGUGCUGUUCUCCCAAGUUCUGGUUGGUGUUGGCCGUCCUGGCCGUGUCCGGCAGCAAAGCUCGCUCCCAAAAGAGCCCCCCCAGCAUCGGCAUCGCGGUCAUCCUCGUGGGCACUUCAGACGAAGUGGCCAUAAAAGACGCCCACGAGAAAGAUGACUUCCAUCAUCUCUCAGUAGUUCCCCGGGUGGAGCUGGUAGCCAUGAACGAAACUGACCCAAAGAGCAUCAUCACCCGUAUCUGCGAUCUUAUGUCCGACCGGAAGAUCCAGGGGGUGGUGUUCGCUGACGACACUGACCAGGAAGCCAUCGCCCAGAUCCUCGAUUUCAUUUCUGCUCAGACUCUCACCCCUAUCCUGGGCAUCCAUGGGGGCUCAUCUAUGAUAAUGGCAGAUAAGGAUGAAUCCUCCAUGUUCUUCCAGUUUGGCCCAUCCAUUGAGCAGCAAGCUUCCGUCAUGCUCAACAUCAUGGAAGAAUACGACUGGUACAUCUUUUCCAUCGUCACCACCUACUUCCCUGGCUACCAGGACUUUGUGAACAAGAUCCGCAGUACUAUCGAGAACAGCUUCGUGGGCUGGGAGCUGGAGGAAGUCCUCCUGCUAGACAUGUCUCUGGAUGACGGCGACUCGAAGAUCCAGAACCAGCUGAAGAAGCUCCAGAGCCCCAUCAUCCUCCUCUACUGCACGAAGGAAGAAGCCACCUACAUAUUUGAGGUAGCCAACUCGGUCGGGCUGACGGGCUAUGGCUACACAUGGAUCGUGCCUAGUCUGGUGGCGGGGGAUACAGACACGGUGCCCUCCGAGUUCCCCACCGGGCUUAUCUCUGUGUCCUAUGAUGAAUGGGACUAUGGCCUUCCUGCCAGAGUGAGAGACGGGAUUGCCAUCAUCACCACUGCUGCUUCCGACAUGCUGUCCGAACACAGUUUCAUCCCUGAGCCCAAGAGCAGUUGUUACAACACCCACGAGAAGAGGAUCUACCAGUCUAACAUGCUGAAUAGGUAUCUGAUCAAUGUCACUUUUGAGGGGAGAAACCUGUCCUUCAGUGAAGAUGGCUACCAGAUGCAUCCGAAGCUGGUGAUAAUCCUUCUGAACAAGGAGAGGAAGUGGGAGAGGGUGGGGAAAUGGAAAGACAAGUCUCUUCAGAUGAAAUAUUAUGUGUGGCCUCGAAUGUGUCCUGAGACCGAAGAGCAGGAGGAUGACCAUCUGAGCAUCGUGACCUUGGAGGAGGCUCCAUUUGUCAUUGUGGAAAGUGUGGACCCUCUCAGUGGAACCUGUAUGAGGAAUACAGUCCCAUGCCAGAAGCGCAUCAUCUCUGAGAAUAAAACAGAUGAGGAGCCAGGCUACAUCAAAAAAUGCUGCAAGGGGUUCUGUAUUGAUAUCCUGAAGAAAAUUUCUAAGUCUGUGAAGUUCACCUAUGACCUGUACCUGGUGACCAACGGCAAGCAUGGGAAGAAAAUCAAUGGGACCUGGAAUGGCAUGAUUGGUGAGGUGGUCAUGAAGAGGGCCUACAUGGCAGUGGGGUCACUAACUAUCAAUGAAGAACGAUCAGAGGUUGUUGACUUCUCUGUGCCCUUCAUAGAGACUGGCAUCAGUGUCAUGGUAUCACGCAGCAAUGGGACUGUGUCACCUUCUGCCUUCUUAGAGCCAUUCAGUGCUGACGUGUGGGUAAUGAUGUUUGUGAUGCUGCUCAUUGUCUCUGCUGUGGCUGUCUUUGUCUUUGAAUACUUCAGCCCUGUGGGUUACAACAGGUGCCUUGCUGAUGGCAGAGAGCCAGGCGGCCCAUCUUUCACCAUUGGCAAAGCAAUUUGGUUACUCUGGGGUCUGGUGUUCAACAACUCCGUACCUGUGCAGAACCCAAAGGGGACCACCUCCAAGAUUAUGGUGUCAGUGUGGGCCUUCUUUGCUGUCAUUUUCCUGGCCAGCUACACUGCCAACUUAGCAGCCUUCAUGAUCCAAGAGGAGUAUGUGGACCAGGUUUCUGGCCUGAGUGACAAGAAGUUCCAGAGGCCUAAUGACUUUUCACCCCCUUUCCGCUUUGGGACUGUGCCCAAUGGCAGCACAGAGAGGAAUAUCCGCAAUAACUAUGCAGAAAUGCAUGCCUACAUGGGAAAGUUCAACCAAAGGGGUGUAGAUGAUGCAUUGCUCUCCCUGAAAACGGGGAAGCUCGAUGCUUUCAUCUAUGAUGCAGCAGUGCUCAACUACAUGGCCGGAAGAGAUGAAGGCUGCAAGCUGGUGACCAUUGGCAGUGGCAAGGUCUUUGCAUCUACUGGCUAUGGCAUUGCCAUCCAGAAAGAUUCUGGGUGGAAGCGCCAGGUGGACCUUGCUAUUCUGCAGCUCUUUGGAGAUGGGGAGAUGGAAGAACUGGAAGCUCUCUGGCUCACUGGCAUUUGCCACAACGAGAAGAAUGAGGUUAUGAGCAGCCAGCUGGACAUCGACAACAUGGCAGGCGUCUUCUAUAUGCUGGGGGCAGCUAUGGCUCUCAGCCUCAUCACCUUCAUCUGUGAACAUCUGUUCUAUUGGCAGUUCCGACAUUGUUUCAUGGGUGUCUGUUCUGGCAAGCCUGGCAUGGUCUUCUCCAUCAGCAGAGGUAUCUACAGCUGCAUCCAUGGAGUAGCUAUAGAGGAGCGCCAAUCUGUGAUGAACUCCCCCACCGCUACCAUGAACAACACACACUCCAACAUCCUGCGCCUGCUCCGCACAGCCAAGAAUAUGGCCAACCUGUCUGGAGUAAACGGCUCCCCUCAGAGUGCCCUGGACUUCAUCCGACGAGAGUCCUCUGUCUAUGACAUCUCUGAGCAUCGCCGCAGCUUCACACAUUCAGAUUGCAAGUCUUACAACAACCCGCCCUGUGAGGAAAACCUGUUCAGUGACUACAUUAGCGAGGUAGAGAGGACAUUUGGUAACCUGCAGCUGAAGGACAGCAACGUGUACCAAGACCACUAUCACCAUCACCACCGACCACACAGCAUUGGCAGCACCAGCUCCAUUGACGGGCUCUACGACUGUGACAACCCACCCUUUACCACCCAGCCCAGGUCAAUCAGCAAGAAACCCCUGGACAUCGGCCUGCCCUCCUCCAAACACAGCCAGCUCAGUGACCUGUAUGGCAAAUUCUCCUUCAAGAGUGACCGCUACAGUGGCCAUGAUGAUUUGAUUCGAUCGGAUGUCUCGGACAUCUCCACACACACUGUCACCUAUGGAAACAUUGAGGGUAACGCAGCCAAGAGGAGGAAGCAGCAAUAUAAGGACAGUCUGAAGAAGCGGCCAGCCUCAGCCAAGUCUAGGCGGGAGUUUGAUGAAAUUGAGCUGGCCUACCGACGCCGACCACCCCGCUCCCCGGACCACAAGCGCUAUUUCAGGGACAAAGAAGGGCUGCGAGACUUCUACCUGGACCAGUUCCGAACAAAGGAGAACUCGCCUCACUGGGAGCAUGUGGACUUGACCGACAUUUACAAAGAACGGAGCGAUGACUUCAAGCGAGAUUCGGUCAGUGGAGGUGGGCCCUGUACCAACAGGUCUCACCUCAAACAUGGAACAGGCGAUAAACAUGGCGUGGUAGGUGGGGUGCCAGCUCCUUGGGAGAAGAAUCUGACCAAUGUAGAUUGGGAGGACCGGUCUGGGGGCAACUUCUGCCGCAGCUGUCCCUCCAAGCUGCACAAUUAUUCCUCUACAGUGGCAGGGCAAAACUCGGGACGGCAGGCCUGCAUCAGGUGUGAGGCCUGCAAGAAGGCUGGUAACCUGUAUGACAUCAGCGAGGACAACUCCCUGCAGGAACUGGACCAGCCGGCUGCCCCCGUGGCUGUGACAUCCAAUGCCUCCACCACCAAGUACCCUCAAAGCCCGACUAAUUCCAAGGCCCAGAAGAAGAAUCGGAACAAACUACGCCGGCAGCACUCUUACGACACCUUUGUGGACCUGCAGAAGGAGGAGGCCGCCUUGGCCCCGCGCAGCGUGAGCCUCAAAGACAAGGGCCGAUUCCUGGAUGGGAGCCCCUACGCCCACAUGUUUGAGAUGCCAGCUGGUGAGAGUUCCUUUGCCAACAACAAGUCCUCAGUGCCCACUGCCGGACACCACCACAACAACCCUGGCGGCGGCUACAUGCUCAGCAAGUCGCUCUACCCUGACCGGGUCACGCAAAACCCUUUCAUCCCCACUUUUGGGGAUGACCAGUGCUUGCUUCACGGCAGCAAAUCCUACUUCUUCAGGCAGCCCACGGUGGCAGGGGCAUCGAAAACAAGGCCGGACUUCCGGGCCCUUGUCACCAAUAAGCCAGUGGUGUCGGCCCUUCAUGGGGCUGUGCCUGCUCGUUUCCAGAAGGACAUUUGUAUAGGGAACCAGUCCAACCCCUGUGUGCCUAACAACAAAAACCCCAGGGCUUUCAAUGGCUCCAGCAAUGGACAUGUUUAUGAGAAACUUUCUAGUAUUGAGUCUGAUGUCUGAGUGAGGGAAGAGAGAGAGGUUAAGGUGGGUAUGGGAGGGAUAGGGCUGUGGGCCGCGUGGUGCGCAUGUCAUGGAAAGAGUUGGGGAUGAACUUGGCUCCCAUUUGCUUUUUCUUGUUCUUUUAAUUUCUCUAUGGGAUCCUGGAGUUCUGGUUCCUACUGAAGGCAACCCUCGUGGCCAGCACCAUUUCUCCUCCUUCGCACAGUUCUCUUCUCCCCGCAUCUGUCCACCAUCCCUGUUCCCAUGAGAGGAUAGAACUGGCCUCAGUGUGGGAGGAUGGAGAGGCGACAGGAAGUGCUACCUGUGUGCUUCUUCCUAGUGUGGAAGUUCUCUGAGCACUAUGAGGGAGGCUUUCCUGAAACUGCUCUUUGUUCAGGCGAGGAAGUGAAGGUAUCCUAAGGAAGGCCAUUGGGCCUCCUGCUCGUAAGAGAGAAAGAGGCUUUUUGCUGAAUUCUUGCUGCAUGGUUGGCAGCUGCCUAGGGGCCCUGUAACAAGCAGAGGGCAGGAAGUUCUUCUGUGCUUAUAUAUAAGCCAAAUAAAAAGUUUGCUUCAGCUCCAUCAAACUCUUUGAUGGUAAACCAAGUGGGGAAGGCCAUUGGAAGAGGAGGGAUUCCUGAGCAAAUUGGAGAGUGCACUGCAAUAGUGCCCUAUGGUGCAUUGGAGGCAAGAAGAGGGCAUUGUGUGUGCACAGAGGUCCAUGUGCACCUGCCCUUUGCAUUGGAGGCAAGAAGAGGGCAUUGUGUGUGCACAGAGGUCCAUGUGCACCUGCCCUCUCCUGUAGUCAGUGCCUCUGAACACACAGAAGGGAGCCUUGACGCACCACCUCCGUCCACGUGCUUACGUAAUGUGCUUGCUUUGGCUUAUAUAUAAACUGAUGUCAUAAGUGACCUGACUUUGGGCUGUCUCUUCCUUUUCCCUUCUUGAGAGAGGACGGAGGUCCUUGACAAAGAAGAGUCUAUAUUGUAGGAGGGGAAAUGAUAGAAGAAAAUGAUAGGCACUGAGACAACCCUACAAACUAGAUUGUCAGUGUUGCCUGCAGUUUCUAUCACCGGGGACAAAGAACUUUCCAGUAAGGCUUAAGGGAAAUCGAAGCAGCCAUGAAUCUUUUAUCCAGACUCAGAGCAGAACAUUCUAGAAAACUCUUUUAGGCAUUUAGCCCCUUGCCUGGCUAAGGUUUGAGGAAGAACUCUCCACAGAAGGCUUUGAAGGAGAGAAUCAUUUACGGUGGGGUAAGUGAGAGAGGGGGAUGUUUUCAAUGCUUUGAUCCCUUCUUACUUAACCUAGAGCUGAAAGAGUAGGCAGAUUCCCCCAGAACCGGUGAUGAGUGACAGGGGACAGACGAAGGAGAGAAGUGAGCUUGUCCUCAAGGGAAGCCGGAGAGAAUGAAGGAGCUUUGGACUAUGACUUGAACUAAUGUGAUCACUCCUGACAGAACCUUUCUCUUCUGCAAGCCCCAGUUCCCUCUCAGAUUAUACCACUCAACAGUAAAUGUGUGUGUGCAUGGGUGUGUGUGUGAGUGUGUGUGUGUGAGUGAGUGUGUGUGUGUGAGUAUGUGUGUGUAUGUGUGUGAAAAACUCCAGGGAUGGGGGUGCUGGCAGGUGUGAUGCCCCCUCACUUUAAGUUGGAAAUUUAAGAAGGGAAAUGAAUAUUUGUGUUGCUGCCUGAAACUUGGGGUAGGGGUGUUCUAUGGGUCAGUUCCACUGUCCUGCCGUCCCCUCACACACGGUGGCAUCCAAAGAGCCCUGGGUCUGAUUGGAAGCUUGACUGCAGGACCGCCUUGUCGCACACAGGACACAUAAACCAGAAAGGUGCUCAUCCUCCUCUGGAACGAAGCUGCCAUGUCUCUUCACGCCACACCCUCCAGGGCUGCUCUUUGCCUUCCUGGUCGCCCUGCCUCACGACCUUCCCUCAUCUCCCAUCCUUGACUGCUGUCUCCCACCUCCCUCCUUGAUUUUUUUACCUCAGUAUCUUUCAUUUAAAAGUCAACUGGAGGCCUUGUUUUCUUUCUAAAAUGAACGUGGGGGCAAGGGGCUGAACCUCUCAACAGUUUGGAGACAGGAGCGUGGAGUGCUUUACUUUAGGUUCCAGGAAAGACUCUGAGAGAGGACCAAGGGCGUGAGGCAACUCCCGGAGGAAGGAGAAGGGUCAUAGAAACAUUGCUUCACUCUGGCUCUGUCCAAGGGCCAGGGGCUCAUCCCUCACCCUUCCUCUUACCUCACCCCUUUAAAAUUAAAAAAAGAAAAAAAAAAAAACCAAACCAACUAACCUAGCGAACAGCAAUCUAGAAAGCAGGGGGCUCUGGUGGUCUCCACGGGCCACAGAAAUCAAGAUGGUGUUUAUUUCAGAUGUAAAUAUUUUGUUUUAUAAUUAAUUUUGUAUAGAUAAAGUGUUCUCCUGUGAGUAUUCAGGGUGUUGAGCUGGAGGGAGCGGGGUGGGGAUGGGAAUGAGGGGGGAAUUAUUUCGUUACGGGUUUUCAUUUUCUGUUGGGAGGAAUUGUUUGUAUGGCCUUUGCUUCAGAGUGUCUGGAAAAAGUUAAUGGGAACAGAAGCCACAAUGGUGAACAAGCCAGGGGAAAGUCAUUUAUGUCCAUGCCCCAUCUCCAAAACCUGUCUUCCUGCUGGUUUGUGAGAAGUGAUCAUGUACUUUGGCCUGAGUUUUGCAGGGUCCAAAUCAGCACUAAGCAAAGCUUGGCCUGCCUCUUGUCUUCUAGGGAGACCAUAGGACACCAUCACUCUGUCAAAGACCAACUGGUGGCAUACGAUUUUUCCUUGUCAGUACCUGGGCUUGCAAAGGUUCCCCAAAGGGCUUGAAAAAGAAUUGAGGUCCAGUUACCUCCCAUUCUUGACAUGGCUGAGAGGUUUCCAGAAGCUUGAUUCUGAGAAAUCUCACAGCAGCCUUCUCUGAUGCUUAAACAUCAUCCUACCGUUCGGAUACAUCCUGUUCUGGUACCUGACCACCCCAUCCCCCUAUCUGUGCCCACCUAUAGAAACGACCACUUCAGGCACACCCAAGAAAUAACACUAAUUCUGCCUCAGCAUGUGGUUUCAGGCUGUACAGGGAUAGCAAUGGAUACAAGAGGUCUUAGAGAUUUACAUGCUUUUCUAGGAAAGGUCACCAGAUCCCCUCAAAGCUCAUUAGCCUAGCAAGGAAGCUAAAAUUAGUUUCAGAGGUAGGAAAGUGGCUAUGUGAGGACAGUACCAAUGGUGGCUUUAUAGUUGCCUUGUUCUUCUUACUGCCAUCAGGAGGGUGCUAUUUUGUUCAAGUUAGGUGUCUCAAAUCUGAUUUGAGAUUAACCAGACAAAUAAAAUCUCUCUCACUGAAUUGUUGGCUUUGUGAAAGAUAGCAGCCUCUCUCUCUCUCUCUCUCUCUCUCUCUCUCUCUCUCUCUCUCUCUCUCUCUCUCUCCUUCCCUCCUUCCCUCCCUCCCUCUCUUGCUCUCUCUCUCUCUCUCUCUCUCUCUCUCUCUUGUUCACUCUCACUCUCUCAUUCUUAAAUUGAUAUUUCCCCCCAUCUUCCCACCCCCAGAGGCUGUCAGAUAACUUAACUAUCCUAAAUCCCUCAUUUGGCCUCAAUUGACCAUCUUUCUCCAACUGGGUUCUUGAAUUGGGACCAAAGUAAGAUAUUCAAGGCCUGCUCUAGAAAGAAUAAGGAUAUGAAGUUUGUCAAGUUUUAUAUGUGAAAUUCCAUAAUAGCAAGUCAGUUGAAUACAUAAGGAAGAAUCCAGCAGCUGUUCCCAUCUCCAUCACUGAUGGAUCUGGACCAAGACCCAAUCCAUCCAAAACUGUGAGGUUCUGCAGAGCCCUGAGGAGCAUCUUGUGUUCCACGGUGUCCUUCAGAAUCCAUGCUUUCUUUCACGAGUGCUCCCUUCCAUUGUGGAGGUGGGUUGAUGGAUGUGGUCCCACAUCACCCUUCUUAGUGGCAAGGCUGACAUGUCAGCAUGUCCAGUGACCUCAACAAUCUGACCCUUGAAUUUGCCUGAAUGAAGAUGUGCACACCCUUUCAGAGUGCUGCAUGUACAUGGACCUUGUUAUUUCCAAGUUGUCACUGUGUAUCCUCAGCCAGAACUUGGGAGAACAUCCUUCAUGUGUAUUCCCUGGUACUGGCCACAGCCAUUUUGUGAUUGGGGAAAAAAAAUCCCAGAUGAUCCCAUUAAAUGUUGGUGGUGUCAGUAGUGCCCAAACGCAUGUGUAAAAUAGGAGUCCUCUAUACAGUGACGUGAAUAUCACUUGCCCAGUCUUCCAUGGCCAUCAGGAAUUGCCCCAGGGAGAUUUCUCUGCAGAGUGCUGGUCACCUGCACCUCUCAUUUAAGAGCUAGGGUUUCUUUUGUUUUUUGUUUUUAAUUAGUUCAAGAUUUAGAGAAAGAUUAACUGGAAUGUUUGGGCAAAAGCCUUUGGAAAAGCUAUUCCUGAACUCACUUUAUUAUUGUUUUUUUUUUUGAUUGCCAUCUCUGAAAAGGCCCUGUCCUUGCUUAGCACCCUGUGUGAGUCUGCUUUGGUGUGCUAGGAAUGAUUCAGAUGUGCGCAUAAAUGAUGCAAUGGCAGUUUUUUGGUGAAUGUGGUCGGUGUUUCUGGGCAUUGUGGCCAUACUAUCUGUUCCCAAAGCCAUAUAGAAAAUGUGUGAUCUGGAGGCUGCUAAAACACUAUGGUAUUGUUGCCUUCGCUUUCUUCACCUUGAUAUCAGAGAGCAUUCUUGCUGUCUAAGGAAUUCUUUAGGGGCAAGAAGCAUCCUGGGGAGCUCUGUCACACUGGAGUGGCUCUGGCCUCACCAAUGGCAAAUGGCCUAUGACUUGCUUUCAAGAUCCUGGAAGAGCCCGCCAACUGUCAGCUUCCCAGGCAGAUUUACUCCAUUAGGGCUGAGCUGUCCAUCUGCUGUUGAAAUGAAAUCAUUCCCAGGAAGAGUGACACACUAAGCCAUAUUAGGGAUUUGUACAUUUAAACACCUAAUCUACAUUAGGAUUUUCAUUCCUUUUCCUGGGAAUAAGUACAAUAAAGCAGCAGGAGAAAGCAACAUGAGCAUCAUAAGCAACAGGACAGGGAGAAAGGAUAAAGGGUCCAGAAAACUUGUCAUUUAAGCCAUGCUCCAUCUCUACCUGUUUAGUUAAGGCCCAUGGGGACCCUGGAUUAGGAGUUGUACCUGUGAUUUAUUUUCAGCACACAGUCACAUGCAUAGUUUAUAGAUAGCUAAAUUCUACACUGUAUAGGGCAGGUAAGAAUUGUGACCCAGGAAACAAAAGACAGGCACCUUUCCUCAAAUGCAAGAUGCUGAGCAGAGAGUGGCAAAGAAAAAUGUUCAUUCAUAUUUAGUAUAUAAUCUGUUAGUAUGUUAUAAAAAGCAUGCAUUAUCUGUUCUCUGUUCUAGGUAAAAUAAUCUGCCAGUUAACUGAUUUGCCUGCAAUCUAAACAUGCCUAGCUUCCUUUCUCAUAUUCUCUGUGAAGGAGCCAGUUGACCCUCAGGUACUGUUUAACCUGUGGGCCUAUGUUAUGGUUGGGUCAAUGUUAAAAUGCUCAUUUGUCAUCCUGAGAACUUGUAACAUUGAUCUGAGUCUAGAAUUCCAUCAAGUUUGGGGAGGUAGCCAUAUGCAAGAUCACAGGCUGAAUGAACACAUCCUACCCUCAUCCCAUUCUCACAUUUGCUCAGUCCCAUGAGGUCCCUGUGAGUUCUGUGGCCUGGAUGUAAGCUAUCUGCUCCCACAAGACAGCUUCUGUCCAAGCUUUGAGUGAAAGUCCGUGCUUUUCCCAUGCCUUGAAGAGACUGGUGACGUUCAGGUGCUCUAGGCAGCAGUACAGAAGCAAGGAGGAAGAACUUUGCUCAGAGAGUGUUGGGUUACCCUAGCAAUACUGGAAAUGAGUGGAAAAUGGUAGGAACCUGGUGUAUUUCGCUGCCGCGGUGUCCUUGUUCAGUGAUGUCAGAGCUAAUCAUUGUGAGCUGCUGGUGAUGUUCCAUAUCCUGCAUCUGCUGGUGUGACUGGGGCUGGCAAUGCCAAUGGGAACUGAGAAUGGAAAGUAGAGUGGAUGGGAGAGUUCCUCACAGCCUUGGGAUGCUGGUGUAUAGAGUUCCUCACAGCCUUGGGAUGCUGGUGUAUAGAGUUCCUCACAGCCUUGGGAUGCUGGUGUACAGAAUCCUCUUUGGCAAAAAGUGGCACUUGGUGCAAGGAUCAAGUUACAAUGAAGAAGCACAAUUCUAAGCCCAUUACAAAACUAUUAUUUUAAAGCUAUGACUUCCAUCCUGAACUCUGUUUAUCAAUCAAUAAUUAUUUUAAGGUUGUGAGUUAAAGGGUGGUAUAAAUUUAAAAGCUCUACAUAAAUAUGUUAGUUCAAUUAAACCAAUAUCUGUUGAGCAUUUACUAUGUCCUUGAGUUAGUACUGAGAAAUAUAUUAAAGAUUUUAAAAUGGAGUAUGUUAUACUCAUGUAGGAUAUGCAAAUGCAUAAAUAUAAAAUAUUUAAAUCUAUGUAUUAUGUAUAUAUAAAUAGGCUUACAUAAAUUUCUGUGAUUCCUCAUACAGGUUUAAUAUUUUCAGGUUUCAGGGUUUGAAUCAAAGAUAUACAUUAUGUUAUUGAAGAAUACCACAGACAUUCAACUCUCCACAUCAUAGCCAAGCCUUGGCCACUUCUGGAAUUAUUACACAUUCUAAGCUAACACUCAAAGAUUCCCUCUCAGGUCACAGCCUUGCAUUUCCUUCACUCAUCUUUGCUAGCUUCUCAGCCGAGUGCUCUUUGUCUCUGUGUGCCAAACAUCCCUUUGAGAUCUUCUGAGGUACACUUCAGACAAUAGGACCUCUCUGUCUCAACUUUACUCCCUUGCACACAGCUGUCCGUGUUCCUCUCCAAACAAAAUCUGGCAACAUCUGUAGGAACAAAUUUCUCCAUUCAACUAGACCCUUGAAUGCCUGUCUAUCUCUGUUUAUCUUUGCUCUCCCAGCCUUCUCAAGUGGAUAGAAUUUCUUCACAUCCAUACCCAAUGCUUACAGCUUUGCAAUGAGUCUAAUCUGCUACUCACCUACAAACUCCAAACUUCAAUGAGUGUCUUGCUACAAAUCCAACAGCAUUUUUGUUUCCCUGAUAUUCACCCUUAGAUGUCCACCUGAGCUAACUUUUGGGAGGUGGUACAUACUGAUUUGGAUCUUAGCUCUCAGGUUCCCAAUGACCUCACUGGCUUCUGCUUUUGCAACUGUCCAUGUUAACUCCUCAUGAUCUUUCUGACUUCCACAACAUUAAUGGCUCUGAGUGAAGAUGAAUUUCAAAUCUUCACUCUUAGACCCUAAUUUUCUCUUCAGCUUAAUGCAUAUAUUUCUGAUCACCUCUGAUCACUUCAGCUUAACCUGAAUACCCCCAUCUGCCUCUGCAAAUUGACAUAAUUAGCAAAUUCUCCUUCUGACUGGUGGAUCCAUUACUCUCCUGUCACCACACUAAAGUUUUACCAGGAAUUUUUGCCUCCUGCAUAUCCCUGAUUUUGCACAUAUAAUCAUUUGGAAAACCUAUUUAUUGUCACUCUAAAGUUUCUCGGCCUCCCUUUUCAUUCAGGCUCUUCCCUCCCAUUGAUUAUUUCAAUGUUGCAUAUCAUUGUUCCAAGAGUUCAUAUUUCAGUCUACUCUCAUCAGCUUGUUUCCUAACUGUAGUUACUUCAGGGCAUCCCUAACCCCAGAAGACAAGUCUUUAAUGAGCUCCCCUUGCCAUGGCUUUCUAGAAAGUAGAACCUUAGUUCAUGCUCUUUGUCACAGGGCAGUUAAAUUACAUACUUUUCCCUUAACAUUCCUUACCCAGCUAGAUUUACUUGUGUCUAAAAUUUUUCUCUUUUCCCAAAAUGUCCUGCUCUGAACUUUCAUCUCCCAACUUUCUUGCAUAAUCCACUCCCUCUAUACAGUCUUCAAAGACAACAACAUAACUACAGCAUCUAUUUCCCUUCACAAUCUGUGCAGGAAAAAAAAAUCAGGCAUUUUACAAAUGUCCAUGACACUUUAAUCUUAUCUCCUGGGUAGCAACUGUCAGAGAUCAUCUUCAUAAUUAUUUGAUUGUGCAUGUUAUCUUCCUUCUUAGAUUCAAAACAGGCCAUACAUUUACUAAUCUUUAUUUCCUCCAUCACCUAACAGGGUGUCUUGUGCAUGAAGGGCACUAGUGAAUAUUUGAUAUUAUAAAUAAAAAUAGAAAAGGAGUUCACUUAUUUUACCCACAAGAUUCUUAAAUCUGCAGGAAUACCUAAGGAUGAGCUCUUCCCCCUACCAGCCCCAUGUUUCUCUUUUUCUCCAGACACAGAUUCAGUAUUGCACUAACAGGGCAUGUGUGCAUUUUCAUGUUGUCAUUUCCAAUGUGAAUUUGUAUUUUUACAAGUUAUACUUCAUUCUCUGAAGUCCUUCUUUGACUACUUUAUGGGUAUUUCUGUGUCCCCCACAGUGAUGAGUGCACACAAGGUAAAUGGUAGGAGGAUCAACUGUGAAGGAUAUUCAUCAAAUGUGAGGUAUAGGGAUUAUCCAGAUGCUGUGAGCAGAGAUGAUUCUAGACACAUUGCUAUCCUGAACGAGUCUAGCAUGACCUAUGCUCAGAUGACAGUUCUUUAUUCCAAGAGUUAGGCAGUUUGGGUCAUUUAGAUAUUUUCACUAACAAAAGGGUCUUGUUGCAAUUGCAAUGCAAGCUUACUAAUCACACAGUCUUGUGAAUCUCAGGAAGUGAUCCAACAGGACCAGUGGAUUUCACUGAAUGCUCUAAGUUUACACCUUUGUAGGCCAGAUGUUGGGUCAGGGGCUGUAUGUUCUGCUUACGCCCUUGUCUUAAUGGUGUUUCUUUCCUCACCCUUUCUGAUGCUUUAUGACACUGAGUUAUUAAACAGAUCACCUCUGACAUAUACCUCAAGUGAAAAUACACCAAAGUUUCAAUGACUUGGUUGAAAGAGAAUUGUAAUGUCUCAACUCUCUUUUCUCUGUAAUUAUGAUUGGACUCAUUGCCCUAGAGGAAACAUUAUCGCUUCUGGCCUGAUGGCCUCUUGCUCUCUGUUCUUCAUGCAGCCUUCACUUUUUCCCUUGGUUCCUUGGUUCUCUUAACACGUCUCACCUAUUUGUUCUAGUUAGUGUCUAUCUUCAUCUCUGGAGAAAAUCUUGGGCUGGUCCUGUCCUUUUACUUAAGCUGCUCGAGUACCAGAUAAUGCUCUCUUCCUUUCUCCUGGCCAACCUCCUCUAUACAUCUCAUGAUGUCAUUGGUAAUGAAUUAUUCUCCUUUGGGAGGCAUCUUCUGCCACUGAGUGCUAAUUUAAAGCAUACUGUAGUGAACCUAACUCAAAUAUGCUACAGGCAAUGCCAAGUCUGCUUUUCAAAAUUGCAGGCCGAGUUCAUUCUUUAUCAAGACAGGAAGGUGUGGGAGAUUAUUAUUGGCAAGCUGGGGUGAAACUUGUGACAAUUUAGGAGAUAUCUAGUAAGCAUUAAAGUGUUAAGUCUAAAGGGAUGGGUUUUUCUUCAGUUUUAAUAGUUGUAGAUAGUAUUGAUCCUAGUAAUGGGGAUAAUUAACAUUUUAGAGCAAAGUCCAUCUUAUGAUAAUAUGAGACACUUAUUUUAAACAGUGAAACAGACUGGCACUAACUAGUGGACGUGUCGAGAGGACACUGUUCUUUCAAAGAAGGCAUCCAUGAAAUUCUGAUGGACCAUGAAUGGACCAACAUCAUAUGGUUUUACAUGGUUAUUUUCUUUUAUAUCUUAUUCUACUCUAUUUUUUAACUUACCAGUACCUGUAAAAGAUGAUAAAGGCAAAGAAUAAGAGGCCCACACUAAGACUUCCCUUUAUGUCACAAGUAGAGCUGGGGGCUUACUAGUCCCUGACUUUGAGGGCCCCUUCAGGAAGAAGAAAACCCCCGAAGGACCAGACUUGAGGCUGAUAGCCUCCCAGAGUCCCAUUCCUUUGGCCACAGACAAUUUGAAAAAACUCACCUUAACAUUGGAGCAUGAUUUCCAGGUGUCUUCCAGAUGAGGAUAGAAUUGUCCUUUUUGCUUACCCCCUUUGGUUGUAACCUGAGAGGCAGAAGCAAGGUAGAUUAGAAAUGAGGGGCAUUACAGAGCAUUUUUCAAGGGCCCAUUUCAAAGUGCUUGGGGACUUUAGGCUGUUUGAUCAAGUGCUAGAAAUUCCAGGGGAGGUGUCCAGAAAGAACGCUGACCCUGCAGUGAGGGAGCUGGACCCAGCCUCAUCUUUGAGGUUCUAAAUGCUUACAGAAAGUCUGGUCACACGGCAUCCCUGAGUCAGCGUCUUAGUCCCUUGGAAGACACCCAGGGAGCUGUUGAUCACCACCCUGGGCACAGAGGGCACAGCUUGUCCUACCAGCCUAGCUGUAGAAUGUUAACCUUCAUGAAUCCAUCCACUCUCUGCAGGAGGAGGCUCACAGUGCUAGCAUCGGAUAGGAUCAGAGCUGCAGGGAAUGUGGUCCCAGGAAUGUGAAAGUGUGUAGUGACUUACUUCCUUCAGACAAUGAUAUCACUUGUUUCCAAAAGGGAUUCUUUUUUCUUUAAAAACAAAACAAAGAAACAAAAAGCUAUGUCUUCCUGAAACUUCAGAAUAGUCUAUAUAGCUGCCAUCACCACAUUUUAAUUGUAAUUAUUUAAUUAAAUUAUCAAUAACCAUUUUCUUUUUAAAUCAGGGCCAUUUUAAUGUUCCCUUUGGAUAUGCUAAGAAGCAAUGGCAAACAAGAGACUACGCCACUUUGUUGUCUCGGUCUGAGUUGUGUUUUCAGUCAUAUAAAUAGAUAUCAUGUUCUUCACACAGUUCCGUGUAUUAAAUGAUCCCUUCACCAUGAGUAUCCUCACAUUUGUGUUUCUAUCCACCACCCCUCAAACACACACAUAUGUACACACAUGCACACACACACACACACACACACACACACACACACGCACACACACACAAUAUUAUGAUGAGAAGUUGAGAUACAUACAGAACAUUAAUGUGUACAUGAUAGUGAAUUUUUCUAAACAAGAGCCUGACCAGUAUAAUUCUAUUAACACCCCCACUCUGUACAUUGAUGACCAAGAUGUACUGGGCAUCUUGGACCAGCAGAAAAAAAUCAUUUUGUCACAGUCCUUGAGAAUCAUAGACAUUUUAAAUGCCCAGGGCAAUGAGUUCAGUUAUGUCUCAGGCAAAAGUAAUGGAUCACUAAGACAGGUGAAGGGCUAACACUUCAGCAUUCUUAGUUCAUGCCACAAAGAAAGUCCAGAGCACUUGCAGUUCCUAGGAUGAUGCCACUUGUCUUUUUGGAGAAGGAUGGUGUUUGUGAAGUCAAAAAUAACUCACUUGGAUCUUUACCAUUUUUGGCUCCUGGUGUGGAUAUGGGCUAAUUUACCACCACCGUUUCUCCCCACAGCCUCUUUGACAGGGUCACGUGAUGGUUUUGGUUGUACAGAUGAACACACAGAAGCGCAGAUGCACUAGUAAAGUCAAAGCUUCCAUUGCAAACUGUCUGCACUUUGUACCACAGGCUAUCUCAUGUACCCUAGGCUAUCUCAGAAAGUCAUACUGCAUGAACUGCUCUCCCAUCCCAAGUUUUUAAUACCUAAUAGUGGAGGAAAGUCAUGAAAUCCAGGCAACUUGUUUAACCAAAUCGUUUGCACAAAAUUCAUCUUCCCAGAUUCCCACCCUGCCCAUCUCCCAUAAUGCAUCAGUCUACAGAAACCAAUCAAAUGGUGGAACAAAGCAGGAAUCUGCAAAACAAAGAUAUAAAAGUCUCUGUAAUGAAGGAAAUUUGAAGAGCAAAUCAAGGUGUUUGAAUUUUUUAAGGUAAGACAUGGGGGAAUAACUUUUAUUAUUCAAAAUUUUUAUACAGCGUGUGAGCAGCCCAAAUCUCCCAGACUGGUAUCCUAGGAAGGAGGCCUUUUAAAAGUGUGUGUGAGGUGGUCAUGAAAUGUUGAAGGUGUCAGUAGUUUGGGCUAGCCCACAGGGAAGGCAACUUCAAGACAGAAUCCUUUAUAUUCUUUUCCAGGGUACUUGAAUCUAAUUUAGCCUAGUCCUAAUAUUAAGACAUGAGUCAGUUCUAGAAAUGUUAUGUAGACAUGUAAUGCAAUGAAUUUCUGACAAAAGACCUUGUGUCCCCCAGAACACUAAUAAAUAAUGAUUCUCUGCCUAAAUCAUUAUUUAGGAGAAUAGUGCCAUCUGCAGCAAAUAGUUGUGAGACUUUGAUUUUGCCCCAAGUUUAUAGUGGUAAAUUGUUCAACAACCACAGCUGAUGGACUCCCGUAGCUACCUUCUCCUGCAACGUAUCUGCUGGCUGAUGAAUGGGACCAAGCUUGGGAGGGGGGAAUCCUGCCUUUCCAGAGGAUAGCAUCUUGAAUUUAUAUCUCAAGAGAGUUUACUCCUUAUGCAGAACAGUCUGCUUAUACCAAGAACAGUGAAAUGCUCUACCUUCACAUCGGCUUUGACCAAUUUAAUCAGUCUAUCCUGUCCCAGAGAGGAUGCUGCAAAGUGUAGGGAGAGGAAGAAAUUACUCAUUCCCGUGUGUGCGGGGAGGAAUUGAGAACAGCAAAUGAAUGCUCCUCAAACUUAGCUUAGAAUCAAGUUGGUGACAAAAAGCGGUUCUCUCUCACCCUUUUGCCUCCUGAGAGCUGGUGUAAGAUCAUGUUGGUAAGCAUGGAAAGCCGAGAAAGAGGGCAGCCUAUUCUACCUUGAUGCCAUGAUUGCUUCAUCUUGCUUAGGAAUUUCAUUACCUCUAUCAUGAUACUCCUUACUAACAUCACAGAGCCAAGAUCUGAUGGGUGUUGGAACAUCCUAUUCCCCUGAGAUGACCAUUCCUUCUCUGGUGCUAUACUCAUAUUCAUUGUGGGACAGGAUAGAAAUAAGAUUCAUAGGACCCUAAGGGCAUGGAUGGAGAAUUACUUAAUUGAAACCACAAAGCUCUUGUGCUUAAUAUUAAAUAUUAAAGUGGAAAUUAAAAAGGCAACCCUCAAGCACAGCUGCCCACAGUGCAGAUUGGGAAAGCAUUAUGGGAAAAGUUUUAGAAAGCAAGUCCCCAUCUACCCAAGGCUGGAGCAAUCAAACUGAAAGUAUAUACAGAAUCAGGGUAGCUUCAUAUUUUGAGGAUAUUGUAGCUGAUAUGGAUGCUUCCUGUGCAAAGACUGAAGUAGGUAAAAGUCAGUUUUGGAGCUUAGGACUCUCUCCUCAGAGCAGCGUCCACAUGAACCGAAUCCCCUUGCCACUGACCUUAUGGGCAGAACGUAAUUCCUCUCAUAUUGCAGAUUGAUUUCUUCCUAAGCCAGGCUUGCCCACUGGACAUUGAGCCCUGAGGUAACUCACAACCUUUCCUUGUCCUCAUGCCCUCUGUCACUUCUAUUAAAGAACAAUUCUUAAAGCCUGUUUGGGUAAGUCCUGUUGGAUGAAGCUGGUUACCUGGGUGGAGGUGAAAAUAGGCAGUUUCAAUACCAAGAAGAGAUGCCUCCUAGGAAAACAAACAUGCCUACUAAUUUCUAAUCUAAUCAGAAAGUUGGAGAGCUUUUGAAGAUGUGGAGCAUCUUUCUUUCAAUGAAACAAGAUAGAGUAUUACUAUUCUCUCCAUUCUCUGUUCAUUCCCUGGGAUGCUAAAUCUGUUUCUCUUCCCAGCAAGAUAAAUGGGGCCAAGAACAAAACUCCAACCUUCUCAGACAGCUGUGACUGUCUUCUGCAUGUCUUUGUUUCUUUUCCCACAUGAUGAAGAAAUAUGCAUGGCCAUCACUAGUCAGACAUACCAGCAAAUACAUACAGAAAUUCAUUAGGAAUGAGUAGAAUCAGCAUAUUUCAUUUAAUCCCAAUGAUCUUUGGGGAAUCUUAUCCUGUCUGUAAUUCAUCUCUCCUCUGAGACUCUCUCCUCUUCUUGAAGCCAUUAUUACAACAGGAAUUCACUGUUUCAAAGUUGACAAAAGGAAUGAUAGCUAUGCUAGGAAAUUGACCCCAAAUACUUAUUUUUAUAGCCAUUGAAAAGUGGGUUUUAUAUUGACAAUAACUUUUCCAGUUCUUUCCAUAGAAAUCCUUCUUGACUUCUCUGCCUCUUGAUAUAUCUCCAGAUCCUACUUCUUGAUCUGCGAUUCCCUCUCUACCUUAUUCUCCUGUUAUAAAAAAAAAAAAUGCCCCUUAAACUGAAUUCUUAUUUAAACAGGUUAUUCAGAAAAAGAU